AUGGCUCUCCAUGUAUUGUCUUCCUCGGUCCAAAUGUUUAUCCCACCAGCAGCCAACACUGUGAUAGAGCUCUUUCUCUCAUCUUCCCCGCAUUUAACCAUGGCAUUGGCUUUUGCACUGCUGGCGCUUUUAUACCUUGUGCACAGAAGAAAAGUGGACAUUUAUUUGAUGGACUAUUCCUGCUAUCGUCCUCCCAGCUCUUAUAGGCUAUCCCUGUCCAUGUUCAGAGAGAGUAUGGUUUAUGACAAGAUGGAUCCGGACUCCAUCGCGUUUCAGUGCAAGAUCCUGGAAAAAUCCGGGUACAGUGAGCAAACCUGCAUUUCUCCAUCUCUUGCUUGCAUUCCCAAAACAAAAGCCCUCUCCUCCGCCCUUGAGGAGGCCGAAACAACCAUGUUUACGGCCAUUGCGGGGCUGCUUCAGGAAAGCAACAUCGAGCCAAAAGCCAUAGACAUACUAAUCACUAACAGCAGCGUCUUCUGCCCUACCCCAUCUCUCAGUGCCAUGGUGGUUAAUGAGUUCAGAAUGAGGAACAACGUCAUGAGCUUCAACCUCUCAGGCAUGGGAUGUAGUGCUGGCCUCGUAUCGGUCAGUUUGGCUAACGACUUGUUAAGAGUUCACAGGAAUUCCUUGGCCCUCAUAGUAAGCAUAGAGCCCCUCAGUCUAAAUUGGUACAAUGGUAAAGUCCCAUCCAUGUUGCUUACAAAUUGCCUCUUCAGAAUGGGAGGAGCUGCUGUAUUGAUGUCGAGCAGGGUCCAAGAUAAGCACAGGGCCAAGUAUAGGCUAAAGCAUGUCGUGAGAACAACCAAAGCACAAAAUGAUCAGUCUCAUGGCUGCAUAUACAUGGACGUGGACCCAGAGAAUGAAGUAGGGGUGUCGAUAUCCAAAAAGGUGAUCGAUGUGGCUGGGGACGCGCUAAAAACAAAUAUGGCUUCGCUGGGUCCUUUGGCUUUCCCGUACAGGGAGCAGUUCAUGUAUCUGUUUUCCUUGAUUUGCAAUAAACUGAGGAUAACAAGAGGAACAGGCAUCUACACACCAAAUUUCAACAAGGCUUUUGAGCAUUUCUGCAUACAUGCAGGGGGCAGGGCUGUGAUCGAAGCCGUUAGGAGAAACUUGAGGCUGAGGCAACAGGACGUGGAAGCAUCAUCCAUGACUCUGUACAGGUUUGGGAACACUUCAUCAUCCUCGAUUUGGUACGAGCUGUGUUAUAUUGAAGCGAAGGGGAGAAUGAAAGGUGGGGACAGAGUGUGGCAAAUUGCCUUUGGCAGCGGCUUUAAGUGUAAUAGCGCAGUGUGGCAGUGCUUGCGCGAUGUGAAGCCAAACACGGCCACUGCGUGGAAGGAUUCUAUCCACUCUUACCCACCACAAGUACCUCACUCAACAUUUGACUAGCUUUACCCUCCUCAAUUGGUGCAUCAGCCGGUUUAUGU